ACUGCUGUCCCUACAGACAAAACGUUGUUAUAUAAUCGCAUGGAAACAGAAGCCUGUUGAGAAGCCUUCCCCCUAUAAGGAGUGUUUUUCAUCUAGUCCCUUCCCGCUGCAGCCAACAUUGAGUCCAGACUGCACAUCAACAAGCAAGCAGCUACACUGAGGUGAGCAAAGUACAACCAGAAGUGUCCUCACUAAGAACUGAGCUACACUCGGAGAGAUCAGCUCUUCUCUUCAGUCCAUUCCACCAUGUUUGUGUCAAUCCUCCUGCUGUUGAUCUGCGUGGUCUUCAUCAUCAUUCAACUCAAGUCCCGGAAGCCCAAAAACUUUCCACCAGGACCCACUGUCCUGCCGCUACUGGGGAGCCUUUUGGAGCUGAGCCUAGAAAACCCCCUGAAGGACUUUGAGAGGCUGAGGAAGAUUUAUGGAAAUGUCUACAGCAUAUUUCUCGGUAGCAAACCAGUAGUGGUCAUCAAUGGGAUGAAGACCAUUAAAGAGGCUUUAGUGACCAAGGGCAUUGAUUUUGCUGGAAGACCCCAAGACCUGUUCGUCAAUGACACCACCCAGAGGAAAGGAGUGAUUCUGGCAGAUUACGGUCCGAGUUGGAAGGAGCAACGUCGCUUUGCUCUGAUGACCUUGAGGGACUUUGGUAUGGGGAAAAAUAGCAUGGAGGACAGGAUACAUGAAGAGAUAAAAUACACCAUUGAUACGCUGGAGAAGAGCAUUGGUCAAUCCAUAAGUCCUCAAAUUAUGUUUCAUAAUGCGUCCUCCAACAUCAUCUGCCAGGUUCUGUUCGGAAGGCGCUACGAGUAUGAUGAUGAGGUCAUCAAAGUAAUUGUUCAAUGCUUUACUGAAAAUGCCAAGAUUUCCAAUGGGCCAUGGGCUAUGCUUUAUGACUCUUUUCCCAUCAUUCGAAGCCUGCCGCUGCCCUUCAGAAAGGCCUUUAAGAAUGUUGAGACUUGUCAGAAACUUGCGAUUUCUUGGAUGAAUGAGCACAAGCAGACGAGAGUCCCUGGAGAUCCACGAGACUUUGUUGACUGUUAUCUGGAUCGGCUGGAUAAGGCAGGUGAUGAUCAGACUUCCUUUUCAGAAGCACAGCUGACGAUGUACAUCCUAGAUCUUCACUUUGCUGGGACUGACACUACUUCCAACACCCUGCUUACUGGUUUCCUCUACCUUAUGAACUACCCACACAUACAAGAGCGUUGUCAGAAGGAGAUAGACGAGGUGUUACAGGAGAAGGAUCAGGCCUGUGAUGAGGACCGAAACAACAUGCCCUACACGCAGGCCGUGAUCCAUGAAGUGCAGAGGGUAGCCAACACUGUUCCACUCAGUGUCUUCCACUGUACGACUAAAGACACAGAGCUCAUGGGAUAUUCCAUCCCCAAGGGUACGCUGAUCAUCCCAAAUCUUACCUCGGUGCUGAAUGAGGAGGGACAAUGGAAAUUCCCAAAUGAAUUCAACCCUGAAAACUUUCUCAAUGACCAGGGAGAGUUUGUCAAACCGGAGGCCUUCAUGCCUUUCUCUGCAGGUCCUCGUAUGUGUCUCGGAGAGGGUCUGGCUCGUAUGGAGCUCUUCCUCAUCAUGGUGACGCUACUGAGGAAGUUUAAGUUCAUCUGGCCUGAGGAUGCAGGAGAGCCAGACUACACUCCAGUCUAUGGCGUCACUCUGACUCCCAAACCUUAUCGCAUGAAAGUCCAACUUCGGGAAACAAAUUAAUGGAUGACCAACGAGCCAACAACAUGUUGAGCUUCCUAUCAUGCGGCCUUCACUGUUAGCAUUGCUGCCAAUAACCAACUAAAACCUCAGGAACCUUCUUUACAUCACUUUAGCAGUCAAUAAAACAUGCACUUCUUUCAAUAACAUCACGUACUAAUGUCAUGAGCUUAAACAUGUUGAGCAAUGGAACGUGUUGCCAAUAUGACCACACUGUUUUUCUGACCAGAUGUAGACUGUAGGUAUAAGCCUCCACUUCCACCAUCUGCUCCACCUUUCACCAUCCUGGGCUUAGCUUGAACCAAGACUAUUUUAAUUUGUUGAAAGAAAUACAGUUUUUCCCCCCUCUUCUUCUGUGGCAGAAUGAUAAUGUAGAGAGUUGGAGCUUUCUUUAGCGCUGACACAGCAUUGUGGGAAUAGGUCUGCUCAUGCAAUUACUAUCAUAUUGUUUUUAAUAGUAUUGACACUUCAGCAGCUGGAUUGUUGUUUCCAGCUGUAUCCCCCUUUGAGGCCGCUAGAUUUGAUUAGCCUAUAGCGCACAGCAUUUGACCCCAGGGCUGACCUUGCUUCAUGAACUACCAUUUCAUCCAUUUGGUAGUUUAUAACUCAAUGAGUAGCAUGUGGUAAUCCAACACCCUGUUCAUGCCUGGUAUCUUUAUCAUUUUGCUUCUUACGCCUCUAACUACUUCUUUGUCCAAACACGUCCUCUUUUCUGUCUGUUUCUCCUAAUAAUGAUGUCAUUUUUCUAGGGGAGUCUUCUGAAAGUAAGACUGUUUUCCAUUUUUCUCGUCGUAAAUAAUACAGCCUAACAAACUAGGCUGCUCCUACCAUGGAUUUCCACACCCCAGGUCCUCUCUUUAGAGUCACUAGCUGAUUGCUAGUUAUGACACCUAACAAUGCAAAUUGGGAAUUAUGCCGAUAUUAUAUCUCCUUAGGUAAAGCUACAAUGUGAUUUUAAUGUACUUUGUAUUCCAUUAAGUAGAUAUAGGCUGUGUCCAACAUAAUGUACUCAUUCACUACUCCGUACUCACUAUCUAUAACCCUGGUACUAUUGCUUUCGGCUGUGUCCUACUUCUCAUGCUGCAUUGCUGGAUACUUUGACUCCACCAUAAAGGACAUCAUAUUUCUCCCUAUUCAAUCGGACAGGAAUACAAAAUGUUGACUUUGACAGUGGACUAAUAAGAAAUGUUUACUAAAUACUUCCUACUUGUGUAUUCAAUGAAGACCGUAACAUGUGUAUUAGUGUAACGAUGACAGCAACACGCCCCUAACCAUAAUAAAACAUUUAAACCUAUACCAUGAUAACCAAAACCUAACCGAUAUGUAUUUGUGGCUAAAUCUAACCAAACCAUUUACACAGUGUUGUGAAAUCAUAAAACUGAUUUAUUUUUCAACAAGUGUUUGUAAUAGUUUUGUGAUUUAAGAUGCGUUUAUAGCUUAGCUUACUAAUUACCUGAAAUGACAUGCUUUUAUAUACAUAGUGCUUAAUUGUGCAUUCUAUAAUAUUCAAGAUUCAAGAUUCAAGAUUCAAGAUGUUUUAUUUGUCACAUACACACACAGGGUGUGCAGUGAAAUGAAAGUGGCAAUGCUCAGCAGGAAUGUGCAAGGGCAACAAGUACACACUAUUUACAAUAAAAAACAAUAAAAAACAACACAAUAUUUACAGUAAGUGUGUGUGUGUGUGUGUGUGUGUGUGUGUGUGCCUAAGAGGGGCAAUUGUGUGGGUCUAUGUGGGGGUCCUGGUGAGGUCGGAGUUCACAGUCCUGAUGGCCUGAGGAAAGAAACUCCGUCUCAGUCUCUCUGUUCUUGCAGCGUGACUACGGAGGCGCCUGCCUGACCGCAGCAGCUGAAACAGUCUGUUGUUGGGGUGGUGAGGAUCCUUCAUGAUCCUGCCGGCUCUGGUUCUGCACCUCCUGGUGUACAAGUCCUGCAGGGUGGGGAGUGUAGUUCCAAUAGUGCGUUCAGCCGAACGCACUACGCUCUGCAGAGCCUUCCUGUGCUAAGCGGAGCAGUUGCCAAACCAGGCUGUGAUGCUUCCUGUCAGGACGCUCUCUACAGCUCCAGAGUAGAAGGACUGAAGGAUCCUCUGGGAAACUUUAAAUUUCCUCAGCUGCCUGAGGUGGUAGAGGCGCUGCCUUGCCUUUCUCACCAGAGUGUCUGUGUUUAUUGACCAUGUCAGAUCCUCGGUGAUGUGGACUCCCAGGUAUUUAUACCCGCUCACCCUCUCCACAGUAGUCCCGUUAAUCCCCAGUGGUGAGUACGUCCUCUGUUGUUGUACCCUCCUAAAGUCCACAAUCAGCUCCUUAGUUUUGGUGACAUUCAUGAUGAGGCUGUUGUCCUGGCACCAGAGUGACAGAUCAGCAACUUCCUCCAGGUAGGCCUUCUCGUCGUUGUCGGAGAUCAGGCCCACCACCACUGUGUCAUCCGCAAACUUGAUGAUGGUGUUGGAGCUGAACCUGGCCACACAGUCAUGUGUGUACAGGGAGUAUAGUAGGGGGCUGAGGACGCAACCCUGGGGGGAUCCUGUGUUCAGGGUGAGGGAUUUGGAUAUUCGUUGAUAUGUAAUUGUUUUAUAUGGGAUUAAUAUGACUGGGGCUUUCUACAAAUAUUAUGUUUCAAGUCUGAGGUCAUAUUUCUUGCAAGAGCAUUAUGGUGAUGCUUUUAUGAGUUUAACAAUCAAGAAUAAACUGCAAUAUUAACACAUAA